CCACCAUGAACCAACAGCCAAGGCAGGCGCAGCACCAUGCUACCAUAUACAGCCCACUUUGAAUUUCGGCCACUCUCUUGAAGUCGUAAAUACAUAUGUUUUCGAUUUUCUCUAAUCCAGAACUGGAAUGUAUCGAAACCCACUUUCACAAACACAUCCUUCAUUGCCGUUACCACGAAUAUGUUGAGCGAAAUGAUUUUACGUGCAGGAAAGUGUGUCGCGUGGAUGACUGCCACGGUCUUUUCGACUUCAUCACAUUUGAUGACGAAAAGUGUCAUUGUAGCCUCAAUUCCGGGAAUAAUUCCAGGAGAGUCCAACCUCAAAUUCUGUCACGAGUCGAGACCGACAGACUUAUUCGCCGUGGAAAGAAUAUCAGUCCAUCCCACCCCUCCACUGCUGGAUGAGUAUAUUGAUAUAUAUCUAUACGGAACAUUUCUUCAGAACAUCAAUAAAAACGCAACCUGGAAAUGGUAUAUAAGAGAUAUCUACCAAGACGGCGAAGGUGCAUCUGGAGUCCACCAAUUUUGUGAUGCGAUGGAGUGGGUCGAGCAACCAGACAAGAACCAUCAUCCUCGCUGCCCGCCUGAGAAGGGCUUUCCUAUGUUGAGUGUUCAUACAUGGGUACCUUGGUUCGUGGGAGAGGGGAAUUACACGGUCAAGUUUGAUGCGAAGACGAAGGAGGGUGAGAGGAUCUAUUGUUUUGAUGGGGAGUUUGAAUUGGCCUACCCGGAGAACAGUCAGAGAACCAAGUAGUUGGAUUUGAAAUAGGUUACUGCUGGAAUUUAUCUUUCUAGAGAGAUGUUUGGUAGCCUAGUAACACUUGUGUUGUCCUUGGAAGCUGACUUUUCUGAUUCAAGCGAC